AUAUAUGUUUCGUUGAGGCCUCAUGGAUGGUAAAGAUUGUCUAUAAAUAAAGCUGAAGCAUUAAGUGGAGAUAGAUUUAGCUGUUCAGCAAGGAUUUUGUGUCUUUGCUUUUGGAGCACGUGAUUGGCGAGCCUGUUUUUCAUUGGGAGGCGAGGCUUCAUUAUGGUGGAUUCUGGUGAGGCUAAGCAGGCUGAAACAGGAAAUCUGGAGGAGACAAGUGAAAAGCAAACAUCUGAACAGGUGUGUAGCUUUUUCAGGAGACCGUCAAAAAAUAAGAAUAUCAGGAAGCGGAUGGUUGAAGAAGAUAAUGAUGAAGAUUCCAAGACAGAGAGUUCAGUGUUACGUAAUCAGAGAAAACCUCAAAGGACAGACAAUAAGCUGUAUUUUUCAACUGGAUCCUUCAAGAGCUCUAUGUCUGCAGAAUCAAAGGUUGAUUCUGAUAAAACUAUAUUUCAAUUUGAAUCUUCAAAAGAAAUUCAAGUUGAACAUGAUAGCAGAGCAACAGCAACUCUUGAAACUGAGACUGAGUUCUCAAAAGAUGCUCGAGCUAUUCGAGAGAGAGUUCUUAAGCAAGCAACUAAUGAGAUGAGUGGGAAAAGUAAGGGCGCUGGUGAUGAGAAGCUGUAUAAAGGGAUCCACGGCUACACUGAUUACAAGGCGGGGUUUCGGAGGGAGCAAACAAUAUCCAGUGAGAAAGCUGGAGGGGCGCAUGGGCCCCUGCGAGCUUCAGCUCAUAUUAGAGUCUCAGCAAGGUUUGAUUAUCAGCCUGACAUAUGCAAGGACUACAAAGAAACUGGUUAUUGUGGGUAUGGAGACGCAUGUAAAUUUAUGCACGACAGAGGAGAUUACAAACCUGGGUGGCAGUUGGAGAAGGAGUGGGAAGAGGCAGAGAAGGCAAGGAAGAGAAAUUUAGCGUUGGGAGGGGAUGAUGGAGAUGAAGAGGAUGUUGACCAAACAGAGGUUGAAGAAGAUGAUGAAUUGCCCUUUGCAUGUUUCAUUUGCAGAGAGCGAUUUGUUGAUCCAGUCGUCACAAAAUGCAAGCACUACUUCUGUGAGCAUUGUGCACUAAAGCAUCACGCGAGGAACAAGAAGUGUUUCGUCUGCAACAAGCCCACCUUGGGUAUCUUUAAUGCUGCGCAUGAGAUACGGAAGAAAAUGGCUGCAGAAGGUGGAAAAUGACGGAGUUGUCGAUGAAAGUGGCAAAUGUAGUGAAAAGGUCCAGGGCUGCACUGGCAAUUUCCCUUUUUAUGAAAUAUUGUGAAAUAUUGGCGUGAGGACGACACCUGAACUUUGCUAUUGCAUUACUCCUCUCAGGAAGUAUUUCUCCACUAGAGAAGAAAUUUGAAUGGCUCAUAAAAAAGGAACUAGGAGGCGACCUGAGACAACCUAGCUUCUCAGUCUCGGUUCCUCAGAGUAGUUGACUGACUAAUGCCCCUGCUAGAAAUGGCAUCAGCAUGGACAGGGUGGCAGAAUUUCAACAUAGAUAUGAGUAAAGGGGACUUCAAUGUCAGAUGCACAAGUCACAGUUGGGGUCAGUAGUGUUAUGUUGAGGUGCUUUUACAUUGAGGCGACAAGUUUGGACAAAUUCAUUUUGGAAGCAGAUAGUAUUGAAUGUUUGCACCAAAAAA